AUUACAAAACUUCCCCUUUUCCCAAAUCAUCCUUCUUCAACGUUCGCCUUCCCAUCAAGAACAAUCAACAAAUCUCUUGCAACAAAGCAAACAAUUUGAGAAUGGAUUCGUCUAAGGGAAUUCAAGAACAGAGGAUUGUGAUUCCGAACAGACACAACGAGAAGCUGGUUGGUCUACUUCAUGAAACUGGUUCAACAGAAAUUGUAGUCUUGUGCCAUGGAUUUCGAUCAAACAAGAAUAACCAAAUUAUGAAUAAUGUGGCUGCUGCUAUAGAGAAAGAAGGAAUCAGCGCUUUUCGUUUUGAUUUCUCUGGGAAUGGAGAGAGUGAAGGCAGUUUCUAUUAUGGUAACUAUAACCAUGAAGCUGAUGAUCUACAUUCUGUUAUCCAAUACUUCUCUAACAAGAACCGUGUGGUUCCUAUCAUUCUCGGGCAUAGUAAGGGAGGUGAUGUGGUUCUCCUCUAUGCCUCCAACUAUCACGAUGUCCGCAAUGUAAUCAAUCUCUCGGGACGUUAUGAUCUUAAAAAUGGCAUAAGGGAACGUCUUGGUGAAGAUUUUUUGGAAAGAAUUAAGCAACAAGGAUUCAUUGAUGUUGGAGAUGGAAAAUCGGGGUAUCGUGUUACUGAGAAGAGUUUAAUGGACAGGUUAAGCACUGAUAUUCAUGAAGCUUGCCUCAAGAUUGACAAAGAAUGCAGGGUCUUAACGGUUCAUGGAUCGGCUGACGAGGUAAUACGUGUGGAAGAUGCGAAGGAGUUUGCAAAGGUCAUACCGAACCACAAGCUGGAGAUUGUGGAAGGAGCUAAUCAUUGUUAUACCGAGCACCAAAGUCAAUUAGUUUCAACAGUUAUGGAGUUCAUAAAGACAGUCAUUGUGAUGAACAACUGAGAAAACUGAGAAAAUCCAAAUAAAGUUGGAACAUUGAA